GCAUCAACGCCAUGCGCGAGCAGCAGGCGCAGAUUCUGUUCGAUGCCAGCCAAAAGCUCGAAGUGCUUAACUCCCAAUUGGCCCGCAGCAACCGGCUCAAGGAUGAGUUUCUCGCCACCCUGACCCACGAACUACGCACGCCGAUGAACGGCGUGAUCGGUUCCCUGGAACUCAUGCAGACGGUGCCCCUGAGUCACGAUCUGGCCCAAUACCAUCAGACCGCCGCCGGCUCCGCGCGGGACAUGAUGCGCAUGGUCAAUGGCAUCCUCACCCUCACCGAAUUGCAGGCCGGUCGCCUGAGUGCGCAACACCGCGUGUUCAGCCUGCGUGGCGUGCUCAACAGCCUGCGCCAGCAAUUUAAUACCAGCGCCCAGGGCAAGGGCCUGGCGUUUUCCAUCGACGUGGCGGAUGAGCUGCCGGACCGUCUGGAGGGGGAUGUCGACAAGCUUAUUCAGUGCCUGGAUUGCCUGCUGGACAAUGCCUUCAAAUUCACCCACGAAGGUUCGGUACGCCUGCGCGUGGUGGGAGUGCCUCACCGCGACGGCGGCGUGCACCUGAGUUUUAUCGUGACUGACACCGGCAUUGGUUUUGCCUCCCUGGAUGAGGCCACGCUGUAUCAGCGCUUCUUCCAACUGGAUGGAUCGACCACCCGCGAAUACGGCGGGUUGGGCAUCGGUCUGGCGAUCUGCCGGCAAUUGAUCGAACUGAUCGGCGGGCGCCUCACCCAUCAUUCCGAACCCCGCAAGGGCAGUCGCUUCCAGCUCGAAAUGCAGGUGCGCUCGGUUCCGUCCGAAGCCAAGCCGGCGCCGGCCCGGCAACGAGCGCCGCAGGAUUGCGCGUGAAAUCAAAUUGCCUGGUUCGG